UCCGGUUAAAGUGCUACCUUAGACGUUGCCAGCAAUAGGUAUAUGUUUCCGAUUUCCUGAACCACAGCAUCAAACUGCUCCAUAAGAGGGCCACACUUUGCACAAUCGUUGUUCUCAAGUCGCUGCAGCUCAGCUUCAAACCACCAUGUCCUAUACGCUCUUGCUUGGGAGUUUCGUUAUCCGCUACAGCGACCUGCCCAACGAUGGACCAGAGCCUGACGGAGAUACAAUCACGUUCCAUCCUAACGACAAGAAAUCGGUCAAGGACCUUCCCCGCACAGGCCGGGCGCCCGAUUUCAGCGGCCGCGGCAACAUCGGCAUACGUCUCGAGGCAAUCGACGCGCUGGAGACGCACUUCCCCAAGGGCCGCAUGUGGCGCCAGGAGAAGGAAGGUGCCGAGAAAGCUCGCGAUGCGCUACUCUACCGGCUCGGCUUCCGCGACAUUGUGUUCCAAGGCAACAAGGUCCUAUCGGCCAAGAAUGAUGAGCUGCCCGGCUACGUCCUCGCCAACAGUAUCGACCCUAACGGCCGCGUGAUCGGCUUUAUCUUCGCGGGUGGUGAAGACACGGCUCGACGGGGCCAGCUGGGCUUGUGGCGGCGGUCCACAGCCGAUCCGAACGGCCCGGCGACGCAGGUGAACAAGCGCACUAUCGAGGACCUUGUCAUCUGGCCAAAGCUGUUCCGCCGCGUCGUGGCAUUCUUCAACGAGGGACACGGAAAUCUGAAUGGCUUUGAGACUUGGCUGCGGAAGCAGGCGCAGCAUGGGGAUGACGACGAGAUUUUGGUGCUCGACAGCGAGAGGCUUGCAAACCUGGAUGAUGUGGUGUCCGCCUCGGGCACUAGCCUUCAGCUGCGUCUCUGGCCUGAUGAGUUCAUUGUGGAACCCAAGCCGGCACAGGAGUGA